UAACUAUUAUCAUCUGUGAAUCUAAGACCUGUUGCACACUAUCAUAAAUCAUAAUCCAUAAAAUUAAUUAAACCUUUUUGGUACGUGUUCAAAAUUUGAAUACAUUUAUUCCAUUGACCUAUUAUAAUAGGUCAAUGAUUUAUUCGUACUUAUUACUUCAUAUUAGUUUUAUUUAGCAUAGACUCCAAGUGAUAGUUACUCAGUAUGUCGAUUUUUUUUUAUUAAGAUUUACUACGAAUUUGAGUCGUACUGAACGGUAUAACAACACUGAUGCGAACAUUAAACUUUGAUUUAAUAUUGCAAUAUUUUUCAUAACGAGUCAACAUUUAUUAGAAAAUAUGAUGCUGGGAACCACAGAGGUACGUAAAAUGGAUGCUUCGCUCAAAAAUGAACUGGUCAAUCUAUUAAACAUUAACGAUGGCUGGAAAUCACUCAUGGCUACUGUAACUGUUGACUGUGACCCAAACAAAAGUCUGAAAUAUACCAAUGAUCACUUAAAGUUAAUAGAAAUGGCAGGCCAAACACAACGAAGAUUUUGUAGUGAAAUAUUUUUAGAGGAAUGGGGAACUAGUGGUCGUAUUAGGCCUAACCUCAAGAUACUUAUGGAUCUGUUGUUCAAAUUAAAACUAACACGAGCUGCUGAAUGUAUAGCUUCUAAAAUCAUAAUCGAUAAACCUAUUGACAGGUUGGCAAUCUCUAUGGACUUUUACAAAAUUGAUAAAUACACGGAUAAUAAUAGUAGUGAACAUUUCAAGUCUACCUUGUUUGCUCAUCAGAUAGAACCUAGAUCAACUUUAAAUGAUGAUAAAAGUAGUAAAAGGUUUGGUGAAAUUCAGUUACCUUACAAAUACUUAUCUAAUGCCACAAAUGGAUUUUCGGAUUCAUGUUUGAUUGGAACUGGUGGCUUUGGUAAAGUAUUCAAAGCCAAAUUAACUAACCAAAUAGUGGCAAUAAAACGUAUGGAAAAAAUAUUUGAAGAAAAGGAUUUUAAACAGUAUUUAAAUGAAAUUGAUAUUGUUUUAAAAUUUAAACAUGAUCAUUUAUUACCAUUAUUGGCAAUUUCAUACGAUGAACAGCCAUGUGUUGUUUAUGAAUUUAUGGAGAAUGGUUCAUUACUCGAUUGCAUUGCGUGCAAAAAUAGAUCAUCAAUAUUAAAUUGGAAACUAAGAAUAAAAAUUGGAACAGAUGUAGCCAGUGGCUUAGUUUACUUACACACAGCAUUUGAAACACCUUUCAUACAUCGAGACAUUAAAACUGCUAAUAUACUUCUAGACAAUAAAUUUAUUCCCAAGAUUGGAGACUUUGGCUUAACACGCCUUGGAGAUCAUACAAUGACAUCUAUUGCAAUAGGAACAUCUGCAUAUAUGUCACCUGAGGCAUUUAGAGGUGACAUUUCUAUGAAGGUAGAUGUUUUCAGUUUUGGAGUUGUAUUAUUGGAGUUAUUAACAGGAUUAGCACCGUAUGAUGAACAUCGGACUGGUUGCGACUUGCUAACUCAUAUAAGUGAAAUUGAACGUCCAAUUGAAGAACUAUUAGACAAGCGUGCUGGAUAUUGGAACAACACUAUUGCUAGAAAAAUGGAUGACUUGGCAACUCUCUGUACAGCUCCUAAAACUCAAAGGCCGUUUAUGCAUGGUCAAGAAGGUGUUUUUGAAUCUCUUAAAAAUAUUCAAUCUGAAAUAGAUGUAUAUCAUGAAAACUCAUAAUUAUAUAAUUUAUUGUUUAUAACAAUUAAGUUACCAUUAUUAUUUAAGCAAAAUAAUAUUUUUAUAUCCAAACAUUUUUUAUCAUUACUUAUUUUUCAUUAUUGCUCAAUCUAGAGUUCAAAAUUAAGUUUUGUGUGUUAAAAUUGUGUAUAAAAUAAUUUUUUUUAUUUUGAAUUAUACAUUUGUAAAUUAUUUAUUCAAACCAUACAAACAUAACUUUUCAUAUAUUUAUUUUAUAAAAAACCACAUGAUUUACAUAAUUAUAAAAAUAUUGAAAUAAG